CAAAUUCAAACCCUUUAAUAUACCCUUGCGGCAGUCCUGUAAUCCCGUCUACUAUCUUUGGAAAUCCAUCUCCCACAGCGUGGCCCAACAUCCAAAAUUCGUACACUCCACAGUCACUCAAGGGCGUAGAACCGCAGAGGGCCAGAGGAACUAAUCGGAAAUAACUCAAAUCCCAACUCUUCGUCCGUCCGCCGCAGAGAAGAACUGAAGAAUCGCUAUUGCUGCAAACUCACGGUCGGCGCACGGACUCUAGCUGAGUAGGCGGAGUAGCAGCUAAUUUUCGUCUCUCAUCUUUCGACUGCCAUAGCGUGUAGUGCUCUGCGCGCUAUUGUCCCUCUUCGUCGCCUCACCGGAUUCUUGGGUGACCGUUGUCAAGGCUACUCAGCAAAGAAAAAUCUGUUUUGGAUUCGUGGUACAGCUCAGUUUGUGGAUUACACUUCAGAAAUCACCACUUAGGAGAUCAGCGAGAAGAUGGCUGUUGUUGCUUCUGCGCCGGGAAAGGUUUUGAUGACCGGAGGUUAUCUAAUCCUUGAGAGGCCCAAUCCAGGGAUUGUCUUGAGUACAAAUGCUCGCUUUUAUGCCAUUGUGAAGCCACUUUAUGAGGAGGUCAAACCCAAUAGUUGGGCAUGGGCAUGGACAGAUGUGAAAUUAACUUCUCCUCAGAUGUCAAGAGAAACUCUCUACAAACUGUCACUUAAACAAUUCAAACUUCAGCCUUCAUCUACACGCGAUUCAAGAAAUCCCUUUGUGGAAAAUGCAGUGGAGUAUGCCAUUGCAGCAGCUCAUGCAACCUUUGAUAAAUAUAAAAAGGAUGUUUUACAUAAACUACUUUUGCAAGCCAUGCAGGUCUUGACAUUACAAUCUUGGGUUGCAAUGAAUUUUAUUCAUACCGGAACCAGAUUGAAGCACAUGGACUUCCUCUAACACCAGAAUCUCUGGCUUCUCUUCCUCCUUUCACUUCAAUAACCUUUAAUGCAGAAGAAGCUGGCGGUGAAAGUAAAAAACCUGAAGUUGCUAAGACUGGAUUGGGAUCAUCAGCAGCCAUGACAACUGCAGUUGCUGCUGCUUUGCUUCAUUACCUUGGUGUUGUUAAUCUUUCCUCCUUGACCGAUGAUCAAUUUCAAGGAAAGAGAGAUGCUGAUGUUCUUGACAUUGUUCAUGUGAUUGCUCAAGCCGCACACUGCAUUGCACAGGGUAAAGUUGGUAGUGGAUUUGAUGUGAGUUCUGCAGUCUAUGGAAGCCAACGGUAUGUACGGUUUUCACCUGACGUGCUUUCUCCUGCUCAGAAUGCAGGUAUGGCAACUCCACUGACAGAAGUCAUAAGUGAGGUGCUAAAAGCAAAGUGGGACCAUGAGAGGACUAAAUUCUCUUUGCCUCCUUUGAUGACUCUUUUAUUAGGAGAGCCAGGAUCAGGAGGAUCAUCCACACCAUCAAUGGUAGGUGCUGUAAAAAAAUGGCAGAAGUCAGACCCUCAAAGCUCACAGGAAACAUGGAGGAAGUUACUGGAAAAAAAUUCUGCUCUUGAAAGGAACCUGAAUGCCUUAUCGAAGUUGUCAGAAAGUGAUUAUACUUCGUAUGAGUAUAUUAUCAACUGCUGCAGCACGCUUCCAUCUGGAAAGUGGAGGGAGACAGUCAGUGGGCUUCACCAAACAGAGGUCGUUAAGGAGUUGUUAGGAGCUCGGGACGCCAUGCUUGGUAUCAGAUAUGAAAUGCGCAAAAUGGGCGAGGCUGCCGGAAUCCCAAUAGAACCAGAAUCUCAAACGCGGCUUCUGGAUGAGACAAUGAGCAGGGAGGGAGUAGUGCUGGCUGGUGUUCCAGGUGCGGGUGGCUUUGAUGCCAUCUUUGCAGUCACAUUAGGAGGAGGCUCUAACACUUCAAGCACAGACAAUCUCAUCAGAGCAUGGAGUUCGCGCAAUGUGCUCACCCUUCUUGUGAGAGAAGACCCUCGUGGUGUUUCCCUGGAGAAGCCUGAUGACCCUCGAAUCCGGGAAGUUACCUCAGGUGUUUCAUCUAUCAAGAUUUGAUUUGAAUUAAUAACGGACAGAUUAAUGAGCAUUUUUCUGCAGUACAGCUGAACUUAAUAAAUGCGUAUUUACCUCUUCAUUUUAGC